UACGCACUCUAGUCUUUACCGUGCCUACAAAGAGAACACCCGACAUACACAAAAUCUAUCUACACAUACACAUUUUUUAUUUAUGCAGUCCAUGAAUUCUUAAUUAAUUGUGCAAAAAAGUACCACAUCAGAAAAUGGAACGAUUUUCCUGGCUUGCCCUUCUAACCGCGGAGAUUGGCGACAUCAUCGAAAUUCAGCGAAAAGGGGGCUUCAGCCACUGGGGAAUAUAUGCCGGGAAGGAUAAAAACGAGCGAGAAUGGAUUUAUAACAUGCAAGUUUAUCCCGCCGCGGGUAAAAACGCGAACGCCAAAGUUUCCGUGGUCAAAUCUGAAUUGGAGAAAGUGCUGGAAGGGAACUUGUGCCGCGUGAAUAAUUUUGAACGUCACUUUUGCACCAAAGGGAAAUCUCCUCAGGAUCAAAAUGAUGUCAUAAAAGACGCCACAGGAAUGAUUGCGCAAGAUUUUAAAUAUGACGGGCAAAAAUAUAAUGCAGAAUAUUACGUAACGCAGUGCAAAUUUGGGAGAGGGAAUGGAUUUAGUGGUCAAGGAAUUGAAUCUCUGUUGGCCCCAAAAAGGCAUAAACUUGGAAAAAAAUUGGGAGCUAGAGGAAUGAUGAAGAGAGAGAGGGAAAAACUUGCUCAAGAAUUAUACGGAAAAGCCGAUGGAAAAAUUACAAAAUGAAAUUUGAAAGUUACAAAUUCUUUGAAUAUCGACGGCGGAGACGAAGAAACCCGCUUUGCUGGAGGUUUUCACACGUGUUUCUGUCUUGGUCAUCAGAGUUAUUCCCAUUUGUGGUGUCCUCACUUGUUUCUUAGGAACUCGCUUCGAUUUGGAUGCUUACGUUUACGCGCUUAAAGCGUUAAUGCCAGACAGAAUGUUUCAAGACCAUUCAUUCAAGAUUUUCAUCUUGCGCAGUAUUUUCUGCACAAUUUGCGUCCUUGAGUUUCUCAGAAUCGGAACCCUCAUGUUCGUUUUCGUGAAUGCUAUAGUGGAUUUCGUCUUCUUCCUUAUGGGAUAACUGUGACUUGGAAAACUCUCCUUAGGAUUGAUGUGGCGGGUUUACGAAAUGUUACACAUUUAUCUUGCAUCGGUCCAUAAGAUAAGUGAUAUCGGCGUUUGUGCUUUACUAACAUCGUUGAUGGGGUUGGCUAUUAUCACGUUCUACUUGUUCUACGACCUAAUUCCGAUUGCAGUGUAUUGGAUAUUUCCUUAGCAUUGGGCAUUGUUUGUGUGCUGCAAGUUCUCCUAACGCCUUUCAUCUACCAGUAUGAGGAGUAAUUUAAUUACGACCUACAGAUUUCCACAAUCUACUUCUGAAGGCAGAUUACACUUUUGCAAUAUUGGGUCAAAGAAAAGUCCUCCAGGGUAUACAAAAUAGGGUUCUUGUCGCACUCCUAAAAACCGAAUGGUAAAGUAAACAACUGUGAGUUCAUAUUGACAUUAUUUUUGUAUUUGUAAGACGUACCUUCAAUACAGAGCCAGACAGCUUCGCAAAUUUCUGACAUUUAGGUCAAAUUGAAAAUUUUGUCAGUACGUACAUACAUACAUUGCAUACUUAGGAGGAGAACCUCACUAGUUGCCACACACAGAUCCUCUCGAAAUUUUUACACAUGAUAGUUCCAGAUAGGUGUAUAACAACCCUUAAGUUGGAAGAAGAGAUAUCGUUGGAGAAAAUGACAUACGUUGGAGGACGUGUGGGAAGAAAAACUCACCAAGGAAAGGGGCAAGUCAUUAUGUCGUGAACCACGGUCCACGUAGUGACAGACCACAACAUAACCUCUACGUACAUCUUCCCACUCGACUUAUUAUCCAACGUAAACGUGUGCUGACUGGUGCAAUGAAAAUUUCCGAUGCUGGUCGCACCCCUGAACAACACUCACGUCGCAACGAUUCGGAUCUGAUCCGAUAUUACAACAAAAAAGACGAAAUCCUUCACCAAAUCCACGAGAUGUCCCACUUCAGCCUUUAAAUUUACAUCUGCAAUUCCCACGAUGUGGUCGAGGGGAAGCCAGCCGGGGAGGUUUGGGAGAUGCUUCGAACAAUGACUCCAUCUGAACUCAAACGUAGUAUCGGGAAACAAAAAACGAAUGGACUAAUUCAAGCCCGUAGGUCUCAUUCCGUUCAACAAACCCCUGCUGUACUUCAGUGUUAUGAACAGGGAUCCCGCAUCUUCGAGGGCUUGGCACAAUGCAUGGAUUCUUUAGAUGAUAUUGACCAUUACGAGUCAUAUUACAUCUUUGCCCUUCAAUGGCUGGCUGAGAAGGAAGAAGGUUUAAGCAUGCUGAACAAAGUAUAUGGAAACUUCAUCGCAACCGAUUUUAUGCUAAAGGCGUGCAACUUUAUUGACAGCGGAGGUUCAAUCUUAACCUUUUCAAAUGACAAACCACAACCGAAUGAUUUCUAUUCUGGAUUCGUGUGCAAGAAGUGUGAUUUUAUAGAUAGGACCCAGUUGUUUAAUAAUACCGGUGUUGUUUAGAUUCAAAGAAUAAAGCAUUAUUAUUGUAUAUCGUCUGCACUGUCAAUUCGUGGCACUUUCACUUUGUUUGCCAACAUAAAAAAUCACACUUUUUGCUAUUUUUUUUAGUUGAUAACCUUAUUCAGUAGUUAAUUAUCUAGGACAAUAAGAACACAUUAUAUUCCUUCAGUAUUAACCCCUACAAGUGAUCAAUAGCCAGAUUUCACUGUCAGAAAUGAAACUGCAUCACUCAGGAGGGGAGCCUCACCACCUGCCCUUCACAGAUCUUGAUGUCCUUUGCAUAUGUGGUAGGGUCCUAUGAGUGUAUUAAAACCCUGAAGUGGUUUGACUCCAUGGCCACAUUUGCGCCCGUUUUUCCGUUUUUUCCGUUUUUCAACCAAGUUUUUCCGUCCUCCUUCUCCUCAACUAUAAAUGACUCCGGGGUUGACGUAACCAGGUCACCCACCGGUCAAAACGUGAUGAAAGUUACUCCCUUACCUUACUUAUUGGUAAAACUUGAAUUAUCGUUUUGCAAGCAAUUAAAUUCGCAACAAAUAAUUAGUUAUGUUUUUGGGAGAAAGUUCCGGCUGAUGUGGUGACGAGCAGACCACCGCUUCUUUAGUAGAGAGCAGGAAUUGGUACCUCCACACAAACGUUCCAAAUACAACUUUAUUACUCUGCCGAUGGGAUAUAUAGAAAUAUAUACCCCGGUGCAGAGUUACACUUGUAACGUCGUUGUUGGUGGAUGGACUCAUCCGGUGUGCUGGUUGUAGUGCGAGUUGGAAGCAUGCAGCGCCCUCCCCACACCCAUCUCCCAAACCAACAUCAGUACCAUCCACCAAAUUCAACCAUUUCAUCACAUCACAAUUCCACCACGUUUAUAAACGUCCAAACUUACUUGUCCCCUCAAUAAUAAUAACCACCCCCCCCCUCACAAAUAUCAUGGCUGAAGAAGGAGAAGGACGCAUCGAUGUUGUAGAGAAGCACCUCUGACUCUCCGUGUCGUGGACGAGGCGCUGAGCAUGGAGUCUGACGACUAUUUUGACCUACUGCAACCGCUUGUUAAGAAGGGGGAGGAGAAGAAGAAACUGAAACCUGCCCAUGUCAUCUCAAUUUCUUCCACCAUCCAGGGAAUCAAGAAACGACUCCCCGUGGCUGAUAAACUGGCUAGGAAGGCGGUAAUGGGGGUAAAGGAGGCAGCAAAGGUCGAGGAAAUACUUCCCAGUGGGAGUGUUUCGUCCUCCGCUUUUGGACCCAGGGGCCAAGUCUCGGCCAACCACUGCGGUGAGAUUAUUCGGCACGAUAAGAUUGCUAAAUGUCACACCUUCUUUUUCUACUUGGAGAAAGUUACACCAUUCGAGACGGUUAAGUUUAAGCCAGCUGGAGACUUGUCAAUUGUCGACAUGCACGGAAGGAUCGUCUUCCAUUGCUUCGUCCUCCACCGUCCUGGUACCAUCAAGAACUUCCACACCGAGGUCACCGGGGUGUCUGCUGCGAAAUCUGCAAUGGGAAUUACGCUGAAAAUGGUUCGUUAUUAUUUAACGAAAUAUUUCUCGGGGAAAACGCUAGUGGGGGCGGCAACAGUGGGUGACCUCAUGGCGUUGGAGUAUCAGGAGGGGGAGGAGACUCCAUUUCGCACGGAGGACGUGCAGGAUUUCUCCCGUGACCGAUUGGGCUCAAUAAGGCUAGCCGACUUGGCGUGGCACUGCCUCCAUCGAAAUGUCCAGGAGGACGCACAUUCCUCGGUUCAGGACGCCCGACUCACCCUGAUGGCCUGGAAACAGAUGAUGGCCAUGAAGAAGGCUGGCGUGACCACGUUCAGUUGCCCAGAGUUGGAGCAAAUGAGGGAGGACAUGGCUAAUUUAGUGGGUCUGCCAGAGGGGGAGAAGAAAAGGGUUUGGGCUGAACAGAAGUGAAAGAAGGGUCAGAUGUGGACACGACUGAGUAGGGCGCAUUGCAAUUGUCGCCGUAAGGAUAUGCAUCGUGGUGGGAUGAGUGACUUGUGUAGCGUUGAGACUGUCAAAGAUUAUCAUUUUGAAAAUAUGUUUGAAUAAAUUCAAAUUUUAAGAUAACCUAACCUCUAUAGUAAGAAUUAUACCCUUGGCCGCUUCACGUAAAGUCUUCCUGGCCAACGAUCCAAAGUGUCCCGAAUCAUCACCGCGCUGACGCCAUUCGUCCCUCCACAGUAGAAAAUCCACUCCUCUCGCCAUCAGCACACCUCAUCCCCCUCCACCUGGAAAUUACUCCGCUGGCACCGUGGCGUCCUCGUCUGAUCGCAUCUCUCUAGCUUUAAAUUAAUCGGUCUCUGCAUUCCGGAACGUCUAUCGGUUCACGACCUGAAACAGAUCAAUACUUAUCGGCACUAAUGAAAUCAAUGUGGGGCAUCUUCCAACAUUGAAAUCUAGCUAGAUAUUCCCACAUUACAUAUGCAUGUAGUGAUUUCCUUGCAAAAAAAUAAGAUGAUCUACUGACCACAAGAAGAACGCCAAAUUCUUCACAAACUCCAUCGUUACAUCCUAACAUACAUACUACUUUGACCACAUUUACUCUACCAAUAAAGCCCCCAAACCAUUGUUAUUCACGUAUUACAUAUUUCAUACCCUCCAUGAACCUCAUGGAGGGUAUUCAUGGAUUUUAAUUCAUGGCAUGAAUGAAAAUCUCAUUAUCACCCUUUGUCCUUCGAGUCGUCUUCUUUUCAUGCAUUUGGAAAAUUUAUGAAUGCCUUAAUUCCUAGUAAUCUUCAUAAUGUUGAUGAUAUAAAAGAUCCGACUCAAGAAAUCAUUUGUCAGUCUAUCGUCCAAUUUCAAAUUAAUAACUUCAUUCAUCGACGAUCCCAAGGCAGAAAUAUAUAUCACGCCUGAUGCAAAGACUUUUGGUAAUACAGAAUAUUCAAAUAAUAAAAUAAAAAGUAUACAUUGUCUGAAAUAUCCGUGUCAAUUUUAUUUUUAACUAAUUAUCCAGUUUUUGGCCGUUGCCUCUGUCUGCCUUGCGGGAUUCGUGUCUUGCAAGCCCCAAAGUGGUUACAAUAGCCGACAAGAUGAGCGUUACGCACACAUUUUGCGGUACGACAAUAUCAAUCAUGGUGAUGGCACG